UUAUAUAUUAUGGAACAAGGAUAUGAAUUUAAUCUUCAACCUCAGCCACUACCAAUCUUCUUAAUAACCCUAAUUUCAUCCUUUUCCGCUCUUCUUCUGCACCCUCUCUGCUAUGCUUUUUCAGUCCGUUAGCACCAUAACCUGCUUCGCUUUCAUCUCUUUAUCAAUUUUCAACGCGUUUAAUAUUGCUUAACCUUCAGCGGCUAUCAAAGCCUUCAAAUCGAUUAUUUCAAUUUCGCAGCAAGACCUUUUACCAGCGAUGGAAGAAACUAUGCUUAGCGACGAAUUACCAAAAUUCAGUGAUAUUAGACGCUAUUUCUGCCCAUACUGCAACAUCUGUAGGUCCAAAAAAACCCUAAUUACCUCCCACAUCAAUUCCCAACACAAGGAAGAGUUGGAGAAAGCAAAAGUUGAAUCUGAACAUGAAGCAGAUGUUGGUUUGAAAGAUAAUACAUGUGAGGAGUGUGGUGCUAGUUUCAAAAAACAUGCUUAUUUGUUGCAGCAUAUGCAAAGCCAUUCUCUUGAGAGGCCAUAUGUAUGUACACUUGAGGAUUGCAAUGCAAGUUACAGAAGAAAGGACCAUUUGAAUCGUCACCUUCUACAGCAUCAAGGGAAAAAUUUCAAAUGUCCUAUUGAGAAUUGUAAAAGUGAUUUCUCUUUGCAAAGCAAUUUGAAAAGACAUCUUGACGAGAUUCAUGAUGAAAAUUCUACACCUGCUAGGGAUGGUGAUAAUCAGAAGCGUUUUGUAUGUCCUGAAAUGGGUUGCGGAAAGGUUUUUCGAUAUGCAUCACAGCUACAAAAGCAUGAAGAUUCUCAUGUUAAGCUGGAUACAGUUGACGUGGUGUGCUUAGAACCGGGUUGCUUGAAACAUUUCCCCAAUUCCGAGUGCCUUAAGGCUCAUGUUAAGUCCUACCAUCAAUAUGUAACCUGUGACACUUGUGGGACUAAGCAACUGAAGAAGAACAUGAAAAGGCAUCUCCGUACACACGAAACCGGCACUUCAUCAGAACCCUUUAAAUGUGAAUUUAAGGAUUGUGACUGCACAUUCUCAACUAAAUCUAAUCUUCAAAAGCAUGAGAAGGCAGUACACUUUGAAGUAAGGCCUUUUGUGUGUGAAUUUCCUAACUGUGGCAUGAGAUUUGCUUAUAAACACGUGAGAGACAAUCAUGAAAAGACGGCAAAACAUCUUUUUACCCUUGGUGAUUUUGAAGAAGCUGAUGAAGACUUCAGGUCAAGGCCAAGGGGAGGGGUGAAGAGAAAAUGUCCUACAGUAGAUAUGUUGAUUAGGAAGAGAGAUACUCCACCUUAAGUUUUGACUGUAUAUUGUGUAGAAAUUAUGUAUUUAGUAGGAUUAUUUAUGAAUUAUGAUUUGUUUAUUUAUUAGUUAGUGUGAAAAUUAAAUGGAGAUUUAUUUUAAUAUUAUGUUAAAGCCAAAUAUUGAAAUUAGUUUGUCCAUUCAUUAUAACAUCAUGAUAACUAAUGAGAUUC